UUUACGAAGAGACAAAGACAAAACAUAUUGAGAAGAGAUGGAAAAGAACGGUUCUUCAAUUUCUGUACUCAUGGUUCUUCUUUUUCUUCUUAGCUUCUUCUUUCACCAUACCGAAUCUGCUUUGCCUGCUGAUCAUGAACAACUCUCAAUAACUGGGAGGAGAAUUUUGGCGGUUUAUAAGCACAAUGGUGCCAUAGGAACACCCUCAUCAAGAAGUGGACGUGGUGGUGGUCACGGGAGGCGAUUGAUGAGUAUAUAUAAGCCAAAUGGAGACAUCUAUACAAGACCGUCAAGCAGUGGACAUGGUGGUGGUCGCAUUCAUCAACAUUCCUCUCCUUAGCUUUUGAACUGGUCACAAAACUGGAAAUUUAUCUUUUAUGAAUUGUGGCUGCAAAUGGUGAUUUACAAACUGAACCAGCUGAAUAGGUUGAAUAAUGAUGGGCUGAAUAAAAAUGAGCUGAAGAACCUGAAUGAGCUGAAUAACUGCAGAGAAAUAAAUUAAUAUAAUAUAAAAAUAUAUGCUAUAUGAUCAUCUUUUAUGUGAUGAUCAUGAUUAUAUAAUUUGUCUGUGUGUUUAGUCGUUGUUUUGCUUUGUUUGUUUGUCUUCGUUUCGCUGUGUCAUUCCCGAGACUUUACGGCAGUCCGCUGUGCCCACUGACAGUCCGGUCAUAGUAUUUAAUCCAGUUAUCUGCAAAAUAAAAAAAUUGGUUAUCAGUUUUGUCGACAA